AUGACAAAGACACUUGAGAUUGACGUAAGAUCAGCAGAAGGGCUCAAGUUAAACCGAAGACUCUUAAACAAAAAGACUUUCGCGGUCGUAAGAAUCGGUGAGAAGGCUCGAACGUCGCAUCUUGACGUGUCACGAGGAAGCAGUCCAACGUGGGACUACAAGCUGGAGAUGCCCAUCAACGUGAGUGUACAGUUCAUAUACGUCGAGGUGUGGUAUCGAACAAGUUCUGGACGUGAGAAGAAGAUAGGAGAAGCUAAGAUCCCAACGUCAGACUUCAUGGGAAGGUAUUCACCUGAAGGUCAUUUGAAUUUCUUGUGCUAUAGGUUAAGAGAUGAGUUUGGGGAUAAGUGUGGAAUCGUGAAUGUUUCAAUCAUGGUUAAACCUAAUUCCACAGAUCAUGAGUUCAAGUCUUCUUCCAAAGAUUAUGGAGCUUGUUCGUCGCAAGCGGGAACGGGCCCGUGGAGACAUAGACCAGAGGCUCCUUCUGUUGAUGGAUAUGGUGGUCGGAUUGUUACAGGAGUUCCUGUUUGGUGCGUGCUUCAACGGCCAACGUAA